CAUAUUACCCAUAAACAGGAUAUAGAGUCACAUGGUUUAUUGAGUAAGAUUCUAUUGCGCAGGUGAUACGAUUGAUAUUACGUGAUGUUUUAACAAGUUUGAUUUGAUGAAAUGGGAAGAUUUCUACGGAAGCUUUAAACGACUUUGAAAGACACUUACUAAUCAGGGACGUGCUGCAUUUUUAUUUGAGCAUUUGAUGUCUUUUGUUGAAAAAUAGUCACAGCUAACGACUGAUGAACUCUUGCGGUAAGUUGCGGCAAUUGGUCUCCACCAAAACAAUUCUAACCAACCUCAUUUAUCCAUCUUAACAUGGAACAUUACAAGAAACGGCUUAAUACUCCAGGGAACAGGAGAUGGUUAAAGGGAUCCGUUGCAGUAAACAUUGCAGAACGUGGACUUUCUGAAUUCACGUCAUACAAAGCGGAUCGGCUAAUGUCAAAUAGUUCCAAAUUGGCAGAUGCUUUCGGGAGUAUUUUUUUAAACGUUUGUGGAUCCUGUUCAAACGCUGGUUUAGCUGCAGUCAUUCCUUGUGAUCCCAAUAACCAGAUAUGUAACUCAGGACAGUGUAUGUUCCACAAAUGGUGUCUUUUUCGUCCUUUUUGUAGGAACAGCAUUUGCAAUGCAAUUCGCAACACUAUUCGGCGCAAGCUUUGCCAAGCUUCUUCUUCAAUAUCUAAAUGCACCAUAUGCAGCACAGCAAACAUCGUGCAGUGUGAUAGUGGCAACGGGAUUUGCAAACCCGGUCGUAACAAACCAUGCAAACUACAUUACAGCGCCAUCACAAAUCAACGUGUUGCAUAUAGACAGUGCCCGAAUCACAGAUGUGACAUUAUUCGAGAAUAUUUAAAAAGACUGCAUAGGUUCGGCAACCCUUCGUGGCAGAACGUCAAUGCUCAGAAAUGGUGUCUGAACGCAUGGCAAAUUGCUAAAGCCUUCUUUCCAAAGGACGGGUAUAUCGAUAAAGAAACUGUUGAUGAAACGGACUUUAAUGGGAUAAUCAGUUUCGUUAUUAACUGUCGAGACUUUCAACAAAAUUUUUCUGCAAACCUGAGCCAACCAUCGAAUAUCUGUACAGAGGCUCGUGAUGCUGGGAAGGAACUCCGCCAUGCCAAUGGGCUAGAAGUAUCGGAGGCUGACCUUAAGACUUGGUUUACUGCUCUUAAGGCGUUGUUUUCAGACCCGACCUUUAAAGGAGCCAACGCCCAUGCACAAUAUGCUUUGGAUCAAUUAAACAUGCUUGAGAACGAUAAACUUCAGAUCCAGGACUCGGAUGUCGUGGCUUCCAUAGAAGAUUCGGUUGAAUACUUGAGAAUGUCAACAUCUACUUCUAAACUUGAAAACAAGGAACUUCAUCAGCUGGAAGAAAUCUUGUUACAAUUAAAACAAGAGGGCGAACAACAACGCCAAAGCAUCAAAGUCGCUGGCAAAGUUGAAAAGGACGGACUUAGACAAGAAAAGGAAAUUGCAAAAGAAGAAAUAAGAGAAGGAAAAGAAGUUGCAGUAGACAAAGUAGAACAAGAGGGCGAACAACAACGCCAAAGCAUCAACGCCGUAGGCGUAGUUGAAAAGGACGGACUUAGACAAGAAAAGGAAAUUGCAAAAGAAGAAAUAAGAGAAGGAAAAGAAGUUGCAGUCGACGAACUAGAACAAGAGGGCGAACAACAACGCCAAAGCAUCAAAGACGCAGGCGUAGUUGAAAAGGAUGGAGUUAGACAAGAAAAGGAAAAUGCAAACGAAGAAAUAAGAGAAGGAACAAUAGUUGCAGUCGACAAAUUAGAACAAGAGGGCGAACAACAACGCCAAAGCAUCAAAGACGCAGGCGUAGUUGAAAGGGACGUAAUUAGACAAGAAAAGGAAAUUGCAAAAGAAGAAAUAAGAGAAGAAAUACAGUUUUGCAAUGCGCGAGAGAAACAAGCUGCAUUUGCAAAUGACGAGGCAUUCAAAUUAGAUUUAAAGGCAAAGCUCAUUCAUUACCACCAAAACAAUAAUGUUUCAGUUACCCUUGGCCCUUUUGAAGGUAUUGAGGCUUCACUUCAGGAGAUAUUUACAAUACCAACAAUCGAAAGGGUCAAUUCCGAAGUUACACCUAAAGGUGGAACAGAAGAAAUAUCUAGCUGGAAGACCAUAUUAGAUCGUGAAGAUCAGCAGUUUGUGUGCUUGACAGCUGACGCAGGUGUUGGGAAGUCGACAUUUUGCAAGUUUGUAAUUGAAAUAUGGUGUGCUAAAAACGGGGAUAAAGUUAGCAUGCCACAGAGUUUUGAAACUUUUCUCGAAGACGUUUCAUAUUUGCAGGAAUUUCACUAUCUUUUUUACAUUCAGUUGCAAGAUGUCGAGAUAACUUCAUCAAACAUUGAUGACAUCCUUUUUUGGCACUCAAAGACAGUCGAUUCUACAUUGACAAAAGACAAUGAAUCAUUCGAUAAAAUCUUAUCACAAAGAAAAGGAUUGAUUAUCCUUGACGGACUAGACGAAUACCCUAUUCAAAAGGUCCUUCCUGUGCCAGGAAACAGAAAAUACAGCGUUAUGAUUACAUCAAGACCCUGGAAACUUGAGAAACUAAAUAUUUCAUCAAAGAAACACUUUCAUGCACAUCUAAAAGAGAUGAAAUACGUUAACAUAAAGGAUCUUCUGCAGAAGGCAAUAGAGUUCAUCAACAACAAAAAUUGUACUUCUAUGAAAUUACCACAUUUUAUGGCCCUUGUGGAAUUGCAGGAUUUGACAUCUCUGCUAUCUAAUCCUUUGGUUGCCCUUCUUUUGUUGCGUAUUUAUUACGAGCGCGAAACUGACGAGACCGACAAAGGUAUCUGUGAUACCCGCGCACUACUGCAAGUAAACAUGACAAACGACGAGGGUCGCUGUCAAAAAAGUGGUACGAUAUAUGAAAGAAAAACGCAAAAAAAGAAGACAAAAUCGCUUGGGAAGACUCGUGCACAUAUAUAUGCGAGUGUUAUUGAAAUGAUGUUGCAGAGUGAGAGAAGGAAAAAUGAGCAACGCUAUGGGGAUUUAUCUCGCUCCUACAUUGAACAUCCUACACUUCCAGAAUGCUUUGUAGAGGCUACCGCUUGCGUAUUAGUUGCAAAACUGAUUUAUCGGUUUGGAGAACUCUCGUGCAAUUCGCUUUUGCAAGGAAAUAGUGUCGAUUUAAGUGAGUUUGCUGUAGAAACUAAACUUCGCGAAAAGUACGAAAUAGAUGUAUUGCGUGGGUCUGGACUACUUACAAAAUCAAAACAAAAGUAUGGAUUUUUGCAUCACUCGUUUAAGGAAAUGUUUGCGUCUGUGUUUCUUUCUUCGCUAACGCUAGAUGACUUUUCGAAGCAAUUCCAAGGAAACUUUCUGUCAAACAUAUCACCAAAUAUCAUGUCAUUUUUAUGUGUCAUGAACUAUGAGGUGGGGCGAAAAUGUGUAGUCAUGUUCAACGAAAUAGAAAGAAAUUUCUAUGAUGAGGAAAGAUUCUUCAGCGCCGACCUACAUGCGUAUCAGAAUGCUGUAUUAAUGGCAUUUGAUGAAUGCGUUCAAAGUGGAAUUGAGAAGCCAGAGCUGACCAUCAAACACGCAAUAAUAAAUUUCAAUUCGGCGUUUGACAUUGAUCAUCAUUUAUUGAGAAGUAAUGUGCAUUUCCUUGAAACACUGUUUCUGGUAGUCCUUGACUUAGGGGUAACAAUUAAUCCUUUAGUGUUCGGAAACGGAUUAAAAGUACUGUGUUUGAACGGGGUAGUAUGCGUAAAUAGCAUCGACCUUUCAGCUUGUAAAAGGCUGAGCCACAUUAUACUUCAGGAUAGUCGUAUCUUUGAAGUCAUCAUUACACCAAGUAAUAUUGAAGAACUUUGGAUCUAUAUCGAUUCGGAUUUGAUGACAAAUAGAUCACCAAUGAAACUGACUUUCUCGGGCGCAACACAUUUCUCUGAAAGAUUAAAGAGGUUAUGUCUAGAAAAUAUAGUUUUGGACACUCCUCUCAAUCUCUCGCACUGUAAAGAACUUCGAGAUUUGGAAAUUGAGAAAAUGUGCUCAUCUGAGGUAAACGGAGAUUUCAUUCCAUUUUCAAAUUUAGAAUGCUGUGAAAAUCUUGAGGAACUGCGACUUGACACAUUGCAAUUUACUGUCAAUGAUUGUCUUGCGAACAAAUCGGAACAGUCACAAGAGAAAAAUAAAUCGGCUGAGAACUUCAAUCUACAUGCUUUCGAUUGUUCAGGUCUGAAACAACUACGUUCAAUUACGUUGCAUGACUGCCACUUCACUGAAAUCACCAUCGAUCCGUUACACUUAGAAGAGUUCUGGGUAUAUGUAAGUCCGGAUCAAAUCAGCCAACCGAAAAUGAAUGUGAGCUUUUGUGGAAGUUCACGGUUUUCAAGCAACCUCACGAUGCUGAGCUUAGUGCACGUUGGCAACAUUCCUUUCAUAGAUACUUCGGAAUGUGUUAACCUUCAGAAACUUAGAAUAAAUCGUCAAAUGACAUUUGAAAAAGAGCUCAAGCAUUUGACUGAAGUUCGCAUUUUUAGUGUGGGACAGAAUGAAGCUAAAUCGAUUUUGGAGAAAAUAGCUAGCUACCAAUCUCUCAGGAAACUUUGCCUUGAGAAUCUUGCUUCAGAUGUUUUAACCUUCAUUUUUGAUCAUGCAUCUUCGUUCGACACCGUCGCCUGCUUGAAUAUCUGCGAUGUUGAUUUGACGGGGUUGGAUCUUGACUUUGUUAGGAAGAGCUCAGCAAGAAAGGUUACCUUCAAAGAUGCCAAACUUCACUGUAGUCAAGUUAAAAUAAUCACCAAAGAAUGCAAACGGGAUGAUCCUUUAAGAAAAAGCACAAUGAUUGAAAAAGUAUUCAAAUUUAAAAACUGCCAUUUUGUUGGUGUUUUAACCGAUUUGGAAUAUUUUGGAAUGUCUUUCGGUAAAAUUAAAGAAGGGAUUUUGAACCAGGAUAUGGAUGCGACAUCAGAGUUUGUGGUUUGUUUUAGAGGGACCGUUUUCAGAUGGAAAGGAAACGUUGAUUAAUUAAUCAAAGCGAAUACUCGUGGAUUAUAUGCAUAACAAACGGUAUUUACCUUGAUGAAAUCGGUGCAUAAAUCACAAAUUAAGAUAAAACAAGCGCAAUAAUUUGCCAGUUCUUACAUGAUAUAUUGUUAGAUUUUAUAUACAUCUGGAUACUGAACUAUUUUAGAACGUCAAAAAUGACUUUGAGAACUUCAGAAAGUUGAACAAAACAUUGCAUUGAAAAGUUGUACUGUUUAUCAUUCAUCUCACAAUUUGAACCACUCGCUAUCUGCAUGCGCAUACGGCUAGUGCAAAGUUUACCGUCAGGGAAUUGCUAACCGUGGAUGCUCCACUGGACAUAACAUGUAGAUUUCGCAAAACCUGUCUGAAAACAUUAACUAUAAUAAUUAUGUUGAAUAGAAUUGUCAUACGUUUUGUUACAUUUUUGCGGUGAAAGUUUGUUGUUUGGUUUCCCGCUUGCAGUAUAUGCGCUGCGUGGCAACAGGGAUACAAAACAAACAGUAUGCUAAUGUUAAGUAAACUAUCUCCCUGUGUCUCUGUACGUUGCUUUACAUCAAAUAUUUGGGCACAUACACAGGCAAACAACCUAAUCUCAGUUGUUAAUUGUUAAAUGAAUUGAUACCUACAUUGUUGCAAUUGUAUCUGUUAAAUUUAUUUAAAUUACAUGUACCGUUGAUUUGUUCAUAUAGGUUGAAAUAAUGUUACGAAUGGAAAUACAUUAAUCUUAAUGAUACUGUACUUACACAUAUAUUAAGAUAUCCUUGCCUUACAAAUAUUCCAAAAAUAAAUAAAAAGUGUUUUUUUCAUUGUGUUUAAUGAUUUUUGUUAAAAGCUCGAAAUUAGAAAUAAACGAGUGUUGUUUUUGAGUUCAUUCAGAAUGAAUGCGUGAAUAUUGCGAUCAAUCCUUAAAUAGAUUCAUUUUAGCACUUACGACCUUUGAUGUUUUUUAUGACCAAGAUAUAAGAGUCGAUGAACCAAUUACCCUUCUAUGCGUUAUACUGUGUUGUUGCAUUCUUUGAAAUUAACAUGUUACUUUUCUUAUAGAUUUUGAUUCCCGUGUAAUGUCGUGUUCACUAUUUAUUUCACUGAGCAACACCAACAUAUAUUUAUCAACAGUUAAAAUGCACAUGUUAUUGUUGUUUAUAUUCUACGUAUACAUAUAUUGUUUUCAUUGAUUGAUUAUUCAUGUCGUUUGUUUCAAAUGGAUGACUAGAUAGAAAAAAAGUUGUAUUGAAUAUGUUUUAAGAUGUACUGUUAUAACCCUUGUGUCUUAAUAUGUUACCAUCUGAAUAAAGUUGCUUAUAUUUUGCCAGA